AUGAAUGGACUGGAUUUCAAAUGCGUCACAUUUGCUGAUGACAUCAAGUUAUGGUAAGUGAUCAACGAGAACAAUGAUAACUGGGCCCUGAGAAAAGGACUGAACAGGCUAUGCGACUGUAAAUCCGUCCCCUAUUUAUUUAGGGCGGCCGAAAAUACAAUCAGCGUUUUCAUUCACAUUAAAUCAACGUUCAUAGAUUAAUAAUAAAAUUAAUAUUAAUAAUAAAGACAAUAAUGAUAAUAAUAAUAAAAGUUUUUAUUCAAGAGUCGUGAACGUACAUUGAUAGCAAGUAACAUUAACUUUUCACAUGAAAUUUUCAAUUUUAGACGAGUUACACAGAAUCUACAGAAAACUUAUUUCAUAGAUAUUGGAUAAUUAAGGUGUUACGAAGAUUGAUGAGCAAGCAGAGAAAAAAACCUAACACAUGGGAAAUGCGACCAGACUGCUCGUAUAUGGCAAAUACAGAAGGUUCUGCGUAUUGUGUGUGGGGCACGAAUCGUGAACUGAAAAAUCGAAAAAAUUAGCAUUUCUGCUGAGUGAUCCUAGGAAGCGAUAAUACACGCAAAAGAAGGUAAUAGGAGCGGAUACUGAAAAUUAAUGGCGUCGUCCUUCAUUUUUGGUGGCCCUUUCUCAGUGUCAUAGAGAAUGUUUUCCGGGAAGAAUGAGGAAAAUAGAAGUCUAUUCCAGUUAGUAUUCGGAUAAAGUCACAGACUUCUCUUAAAAGUGUGUAAAGUAUCUGAAUAUCUUAUAUUUAUUGGAAGGUUAUUCCAGAGGGAAGUAGACCUGGAAGCGAAAAAUAAGAGCGCUUAGGGGUGGAGGAAGGGGAAGGAGGUAUAAGUAGGAAAGAGUUUCGAAGAUUGUAUGGGCGACUUAUAGGGGUAAGUGUUGAUAUCCGAGGAAGAUUUGGACUAUUACUAACUAUUAUUAUUUCGAACCACUGGGGACUUUUACUGAAUAGGAAGCCGGAAAUGUACGGGGCACCAAUUCUGAGAAGUUCAUAUUACGGGAUGGAGAUAUGGACUAUCUACGCCACAAUGCAGGCAAGCCAAUCCAAUGCACGCCAACACUUCCUGGAUAACCUUAUGUUAUAAGUAGCAAUAUAGAUUUUUCUACAAGAAUCGAUUACUGUGGAUUAGAUCCCUUAACAUUUAAAUGGUCAGGUCAAGGUCAGGCCGCUGGGUUUACAUUCGAGGGCAAGUGGAGGAUACUACUUAAUGUAGUUUUUUUAUGGAUCCUAACGAUUUUAGUCUGUUUUUUAAAUGCGUUUACUUAAAUACAGACUUAUUCUCUCAGUAUCGCCCAUUGACAUUUUCUAUUUGUCUUCUGCUAGUCUGUGCCUGUUGACCAACAACCGCUUUCUGCUAUUCGCAUUUUGUUCAUUGUAUUUCUCUCUAACUGCGUCAAAUGCUAUGCACCGUUUGCCUCUCGCUAAAACUUAGUCAACUGGUCUGUAAGUAGUUUGCUUAUAUCUAACUUUCCUUGGGAAAAGAUAGGGUAAAGUUACAGGUCGACGAAAGUUUUCGGCCUAUGUACCUAAACAUGACUUAACUUAGUCUAAGUCCGAAGGCAUUACUAGCCCAACAUCGCAUUCUAGCCUCUACCUUCCUUCUAGGCUCCCUCCAACUCCUCUUACUCCUCCUUCUCCACACUUCAACUACCAUAAAGUCUACCCCUGCUGUAAUUCCUCUAGCAUUCCAAUGCUCGAAAAGUGUAUUCCUACAUCACUAAGGUCUCGAGCUCAGCCUUCUCUUGCGGACUGCGUCUACGUCAAUAACUCCAGACUAACAGGCACUUAUUCUCCAAGCAUCAUUAAUUCACUGCUUACGUAUCCGCCACCAAAUUCUUUUUUUCUAAAUGCCAUCGACGGUAGCCUUGUUGUUCGAAACAUAUUAGAUAUUAUAUUAUUGAAUGCCAGGUCUGUUUCGAAGGGGAUGGCCCAAAUCAGAGCUAUUGCUCUCAAAAGGACACCCGAUAAUAUGUGUUUACUAGAAUUUUGGACCCAUUUUCUAAAUCAUAACUCUGCCCUUUUUAUAGAUGAUCUCGAUGUUUGCCGUCAAGACCGCACGACUAUUUGUGGGUCAUUGUCUUCGUUAUCAUAGUUCCUACCCAAAGCGCCGUCUGUAUCACCUGGCCAACUCGUCAUUCACGGCUGUAUCUACAAUCCCCCAAAUACUUCAGCCAGUGAUGAUUCACUACUAUGUUAAAUCUUUAAAUUAAUCACUUUGGAUUUUAACUAUAAAAGAAUAGAUUGGGUUACCACUAUCUGCCCAGCUAGAUUCCAGUCCCUCCAAUAUAUUUUCAAAUUCUCUAGCUAGUCCCAACUUCUGCGCUCUCCAACAAGAUAUAAUCUUAAGUUAGCUCUUAUUAUUACCACUGAAGUUGCCCAUCUGUUAUUGAUUUCAACAAGGACCGUUUUAAUAGUUAUCACGUACUAAUUCAUUGUUUCUUACCGCUUGCCUUUUCAAAAAAGUCCAUCACAGCUCAGACAUAACUAACUUGCGUGGAUAACGACGUGAUAGAUAACUACAUUGGAUCACCGCAUGAAUGUGAUAUUCUCGCCUGUUGUGAUACAACCAUUCUUCGUUAUGUCAUGUUAAAUGUUUGCAAGGACAUCCUAGAGUUUGUGCCGCGUAGAUAUCUGGCGUCUUAUUCUGCGGAUUCCUUUAUUCCUUAUUUUCUUCGCAAAAGACUAAAAAUGAUGGGGUGGCAACCGCGUGAUCUAUCCAUUAAUUCUUUAUCCGUUAAUCUUAGAACCAGAGUGAUUUCCGAAAUGGCCUCGAUGAUGCGUCAACCGCGCGACGGGCGAAGAGAAUCACUUGUUCUCAGUUAUUCGAACCCUGGCAAAUCCGUCGCCAAUAUCUUCCGUCAUCGGUCCUCCUCCAGGCGUGGUCACGAACUCCUAGCCCUGCUUAACGAUGACAAAUUCUUCCUAAUCAAUGACACUGACAAGGCGGGGAUGUUUAAUGCUUUCUUUGCAAAACACCUCAAUACUGAGUCCAACUCAGUCCCUUCCUUCUGUUGCCUUUAGAUUGGACUCUGAGUACAUUCGGAUUUCAAAUGCGAUUAUUAAAAGUGCAUCCGAACCUCCAAUAUUGCUAAUUCAUUUGAUCUCGUUCUCAUUAUUAAAAAGAUUCUUUAUUGGAACAUUGAAGACGUCAAUCAUCAUUUCUGUCUUCAAGCCGGGAUCUCGGUCCGAUAUCAACAACUAUCGGGAAGGUCACAAAGCAAGGUCUCGAGCACAGCGUCUCGAAAGAAUAAUUUCCAAUGAAUUUCUUGACAUCCGUCAUGCAAAUCGGCUUCUGAGCUCUAGUCCUGAAAGAUCCUGCAACACUUGCCACUUGGCAUUUUUUAAUCUAAUCACUUCUCUUGGUAAUGAACAGCAGUCGGUGAUAGUUAUCGAUUUAACUCUUACUAAAGACUUCGACAGGUUGCCACAUAAACGUCUUUUGGUAGAAUUGAAAGCACUCGACAUCCGGCCGCGUCUACUCAGUUUGAUUGGGUCCUUCCAAAUCUACCGAUGUAGGAAAGUCAUUGGUGUUAGCAGCUACCAAACAUCUCACUCAAGAAGAGUGGCCUACUUCAACGCACGGCUUUGUGUCCGCAGUAAUUCCUUCUUCACAUCAAUGAUAUUUCGACUGGAUUCGGAAUUUGGCUAAUUUUCAUCUAAACCGAUGAGGCAUGUGUGUUCAUUCAUAUUCUUAGGACACAAAAAAUGUUUGUUUUGGAAAACUGAAUGCCGAUUUACCACGCAUACUAAGAUGCAGUUCGACAAGGCAGAUGGUAUUCAUCAUGGCAGAUGGAGGUUUCAUCAUCCAGAUCUGGUUUCGCGUCUUUUGGUCCUGUCAAACUUUCUGGUCCAAUAAUCUUUCAGAAUAAACCACUAGCGGAAUGCUUCACCAUGAAGAACGUUGGUUUAAUUUAGACAAAUAAGUUUGCUUUAUCAGGUCUGGCAGAUAGAAUCUCUGCCACAGCCGCACGGAUAUAUGAUUUCAUAUGGCCUAAUUUUUUUCCCCUCCGGAAAUGAACCAAGGCGUUAACAAAUGUCUGUUCUGCCGUCUUUGUGUACUGCUGUCCUUUCUUUGGUUUAACAAACUUUCGUGACCGUGAUAAAAUCUAGAAUGUUUGCAGGGUUUCCAAUCGGAAAGUCUUCUCCAAUGUUCUAUACAGUGCUUUUCUAAUCAGACGUGUCAGCUGACGAACAUUCUGUUUUUGUGGGUAAGAAUACUCAAAGCUGGACUUUCCUUCCUUUCUCGAAUAAACUUAUCUGCAAUAUUCGGUGCAUUGACGCACUCAGAGUGAGCGAUUAGUCUUAAGCCACGCUCAUCACCUCCUUAAUCCCGAACAUUCAAUUUCUUGACUUCGUGAAGGGUCCUACUGUGGUUUAUUGGUAGAUCUAGUUGUAGAUAAAGUGGAUACUCUCUUUUAAAUCUUUAUGUUAUGUAUUGGUUGCUAUGUCUACUGCUAUCACUCCUCCACCAAAGCAAUAAUUUUCGCGGUACUUGAUGUCAUCUCCUCAUUUCAAUCUCAAGCGGUCUGUCACACUCGCGGCGGAACUGUCAGCAUUCUUUGUCUACUAGUAGUUUGGUCGUACAUCCCUUGCCCACUCCUCGGCUGGGCUCGAUUUGGACUGUGAACAAUCGCGUCUGAGAUCCGUGGCAGCCGAUCCAGACCCCCUUUUCUCCGGGUCCGUUUUGUCGGUCGAUGGCCGCAACAAUCAUUGCCAGGCCGCUGAAGCACGACCACCCCCGCCGGCUAGAACUGGGACCUCUCUAGUCCAGCUGCAGUGACACCCGGCUGCCCUCACAAACUAUUUUCACCUCAUGUGCGUCAGACAACGUGGCUUGAUAUCCAUGAGCCCCUGUAAUUAUGUUUCCUCCUAAUCCUCCCCUAAUCCGUCCAAUCUCAUGACCAGCACUCAACUUGUCACACCCACCUACUGACACAGGCUUUCACUCCCGCGUAAACUAGACACUGCGACUGACGCUGUCCACGAACGGACGCUUAUCUCUGUUGCAAGCACACAGCCAACUUACGGCAACCCGCCCUGUGCACAGAAUAAACUAGUACUCACAGCUUCCUGACUGUUGAUAUUAGACGAAACGAACUUAUGGUCGUGGUUUAAGUUGAUCUCACAUACUUGGUCGCCACAAAUUGGUGACCCGAAUAUCCGAACGCUGGAAUUCCGUCCACAACAAUCUUCCGGAAACCUACAGCGCGAUGUUCCAAGACCAAAAGUUACUCAUCAACACAUAUUCUCAAACUCCUAACGUACGCUUGGAUCUGCUCGAAGAGGGUUUAAUGCGCCUGAAAGCUCAGCUCACUGCAGUUACCACGAACGGCCCGCGGCGAACAUCAAACCUUUAGUGUACAUCCUCCGUUUCCCACACCAGCCGUCGACAAUCCCCAGGUAGCUUUUGUUGGUAUCACCAAAACUUUGGAGGAGCAGUUUGACAAUAUCAUCAGCCAUGCUCUUUUAGGGCAUCUCUAACGGCCUCAGGGAAACGAUCCCAACCGACACCAGAGGCCACUGCUGCUGCUGCUGCUACAAGCGUUGACAAUAUCUACACUUACCGUCUGUUACCCUGGGACCGUAUCACUUGCGCCAAAUUCCUUGUCGACUCUGGUGCCGAGGUUAGCGUGGUUCCACCAACUCUGGCCCAGAGCAAAACCUGCAGUUCUUUUUGUCUAACGGCCGCCAACAACUCCGGCAUCCCCACAUUUGGACAACGCUCCAUCACUCUUGAUUUCGGCCUUCGUCGUAUUUUCCGAUGGGUUUUCAUUAUUGCCGAAAUUUCCGUCGCCCUCAUAGGUGUCGAUUUCCGAGCAAACUUCAAUCUACUAGUUGAUUUGAAGAAUCACCGACUCGUCAACUCCAUUACCAACCUUCAUGCUCGUUGUCAAUCCGAUGUGAACCCCUGCAUGAACCCUCUCACUGAUAUGCCUAUCUCUGACUGUCCUUUCCACUUACUCCUCAGGCAGUUCCCCCCCCCACUGGGCAACCCCUCAUUUCGUGCAGUGGACAUCAAACACACAGUCACCCACCACAUUUCCACCACCGGACGUCCAAAAUCUUGCCGACCACGUCGUCUUGCUCCGGACCGUUUGAAGAUUGCCAAGGCAGAGUUCGAACACAUGCUUGAGCUCGGCAUGUCCGGCAGUCCGGCAGUUACUCUGCAUCACCCCUCUAUCUUGUCUCAAAGAAGAGCUGCGACUGGCGACCGUAUGGUGACUAUCGGGCGUUGAACCCAACGACGGUCUUCGACCAGUAUCCCGUAAAACACAUCCAACACUGCAUUCUUUCGCUGCAUGGCAGGCGAGUAUUCUCUAAGUUUGACCUUGUUCGUGCCUACCAACAAAUCACAAUCGAGGCCAGUGAUGUGCCGAAAACUGCAGUAAUCACCUCCAUCAGGUUAUUCAAAUUCACUCGCAUGCCCAUUGGACUGAGGAAUGCCGAUCAAACUUUCCAGCGAUUCAUUGAUCAGGUUCUGCUAGGUCUCGAAUUCGUCUACGCCUAUAUUGAUGAUUUUUUGGUGGCUAGUUCUGACGCUGCCGAACACGAGGUUACGCUUCGACAACUCUUCGAACGGCUCGACUCCUUCGGCGUUGUAAUCAAUGCUGCUCAAUGUGAGUUUGGAUUCCCCAGCCUAAUCUUCCUGGGUCACGAAUUGAACUCUGAUGGGAUAAAGCCCGUCGCAGAAACGGUUUCGGCUAUAUCAACGUUCCUGUUUCAACAACUAUCAAUCAACUACGCCGCUUCUUGGGGAUGGUGAAUUACUAUCACCGUUUACUUCCCCAUGGGGCCACCAUACUGCAGCCAGUCAACAGCCUUUUGACCUACUUCAAGAAUACACUGGUGACGACCGAGGAGGCCGUCAAGUCCUUCAAUGACAUCAAGGCUGCACUUGCGAGCACCACACUACACACCACACCCGCGCUAAUGCUCAACUAGCUACCAUGACAGACGACUCCAGCUCUGUCGUUGGUUCAUCAUUUCAGCAAACUUUUAGUUGUGUUCUACAGCCUCUGGCUUUCUUCUCGAAGAAGCUCAGCCCUGCAGAGACCCGCUACAGUGUCUUCGGCCGAGAACUCUACGCCGUCAACCGAUCCAUCCGGCACUUCCGCCAUUUCCUCGACGGUCGCGAAUUUGUUGUUUCAGCAGAUCACAAGUCACUCCUUUUCUCACUGAGGGCCUCUCCCGAUCGUUACUCGCCCCGUGAAAUUCGUCAUCUAGACUUCAUCCCACAGUUUUCCUGCGACAUCCAACAUGUCCAUGGUAACGAAAAUGUGGAUGAUGAUGCUCUUUCAAGAAUCGAGAUGGCUUCAGCCACAACUGCCGCCAUAGACUUCACGCUUAUGACUGAGGCUCAAGAAUCGGAUGACGAGCUCUUCCACGAGGACCCUUCUUGA